UGAGUCGCACGUUCAGCUCAGGUCAGACCUCUUCGUGCUCUUCAUCGCGUCAUGUCGCUGGUCGCGUGCCUUCUCUGGACUGUGUUCAGUGGGUCACUGGGAGGUCCGGUUCAGGUGACUAAUUCUCCAUUCUACCACCUGCCCAUGUUCCUGGACGCACCAGAGCCGGUUGUAGCGCAGGAGCUGUUUCUGCCGGUCCCUCAUAGGAGACCUGUCCCCGCCGGGAUCACCUCGCUGCUGUUACCGGUGAAGAGACCGCAGCAGAGCGUGCAGGGGACCGGUCCACGCGCUGUGGAGGUCUUCUGUGGGGGUGAUCAGAUAUUUGUGCGCGUGGAUCGCUUCCAGGUGCGCUCCUGGACCAACCCGUACCUGUUCAGACUGGGAACAUGCCGAGUCAGCAAAGUCAACCCGCGUUUUCUUUAUUUCCAUGACAGACUGACCGAGUGUGGAGGAGAGUCACAGAUUGUUGGUGGGCAGCUGGUGUACUCCUUCACUCUGUCUUAUACUCCUCCUCCUCCACAAGGCUUCGCCAUCAGAGUCAUACCUCUGACACUUCCCAUUCACUGCCAUUACAACAGGUUUCACUACUUGUACAAAGUCGGCUUCAGACCUCAAGUCCAGCACAAGACGAUUCUGAAGAGCAUCAGGAGUAAACUGAGCUUCAGCCUCACCGUCUGUAACGAGCAUUGGGAGCCUGUCCCUGCGGGUCAAGAGUUCGUUUUGGGGGAGUUGGUGUAUUUCAUUGCCCAGAGCAGAGUUCUGUUGCCGGAGAGAGUCUGUACGUGGACUCCUGCUAUGCCACCAGCUCCAAAGACCCGCACAGCCAGCCCAGAGUCGACAUUAUCACCAACUAUGGCUGUAUGACAGACAGCAGGAGGGAAGGCAGCAGCUCAUACUUUCUGUCUGCAGGGGGCGCCGUGCUCAAGUUUUCUGUGGACGCUUUACUCUUCAGGGCGGUCUCACAAGUGUUGUAUCUCCACUGCUCGAUGUCAGUCAGUCUCACUACCUCUUACGUCUCAAAGUCCUGCAACUACAACACCACUGCUGGCAGGUGGGAGGAGCUUGAAGCCUCGCCCUCAGUGUGCUCGUGCUGUGACUCCACGUGCACCGAUGGACAGGACGUGAUUAAGAACACAGUCAGCAGUCAGGGCUGGUUCAUCGGACAAAACGCCGAACAGAAACCGAGAAUGAGGGCGAGUUCUCUCCAAGCAGACGAGCAGAGAGAGGAGGAGGGAGGAGGAGAAGGAGGACGAUGUAAGGAUUAAGGAGGACUUUAGAAAACUGCGGUCUUUGCCACCGGAGACAAAUAUCAACAGCGAUGAGGGGAAAGACGAAGCGGUUUCUGAAAAGAUGCCUGAGUUAGAUGAGAGGAAGGAGUGGAGGAACAGUUCUGCAGUCAGCCACCAGGGGGAGAGAGAAACAGAAGAGGAGGUGAAGCAGGAGGACAACCAGAUGAAAGAAUUGGAAGCAGACGUAAUCAUUUUGUCAGAGCAGACUGAGAAAGCGGGAAAUGAAUCAGUCUCUGGUGCAUUAAAUAGUUCUGAAUUCAUUGAGAAAAGCAGCAUUAAUGUGCAAAGAGAUUAUUCUGGAAACAAAACUUUCUCUGCAACAAAUUCCAGUUUUGUCAUUGAUUCUUUCAACACAAGUUCCCCUGCUGGAAAUGUUUCCACAGCUGCAGCGCUUUGUCCCGAAGGUGAUCACAUGAAUUGUAGUUCUGCCGACGACGGGGUUGAAAGUUAUCCUUCUGGUUCCACGAAUGCAGCUGUUGGUGCCGAUCUCCCGUCUAAAGAUAGAGCUCCAUCUGAUCUCGGUAGAUCUGG